CUGAUUUUCCAAACGGAAUAAUUUUAUCAGUAUUCCCUCGGAUAAAAUCGCUGUCGAAUGUGCCUGGACAAAAUAAUUGAUAUGAUAUACAAUAUUUUGUGCCUCUGUUCAUGCAAUUCGAAGAACUUUAUUCUUUCCCUAAUCCUGAUUUAUUUGCUGUCUCAAUCCGUGUUCAGCAUCAACAAGGGGAGCGUUGCCUUGCGAGCUGGUAGAAAGGUCAUCUCUAUAUCAGGUUGGCGUGGACAAACUGUGUAUCUGAAGACGGCAAAGCGGAGGGUUAUCAUCGUGAAAUGCUGCGGCAAAAAGAAAUGCCGAGGAACAAACCAUACGAAAAGCACCACAGAGCAGACGCAACUGCCCACGACAUCAAGAAGUUCAGCGCAGCCCCUAAUAACGAAAAUUACUGAAUUACAGGAAACUUCAAUAGAAGACGCCACCAGCACGGCCACCGACGUCGUGACGACUGUCCAACUCACGAGCUCUGCUGAGACAUCACCACCAGAAACUACGUCAUUAGAACUUACGACCACAUCUGUAGAAGCAACCACCGAGCCUGAGACUUCCUCAACUGCAGCCCCUACGACAACAACAACAGGAGAAACAACUUCGUCAACUUCAACCAGCACUACAACUUCAACAUCUACUUCAACAGGUACAUCAACGAGUACUUCAACAAGUACUUCAACGAGUACUUCAACAAGUACUUCAACGAGUACUUCAACAAGUACUUCAACGAGUACUUCAACAAGUACUUCAACGAGUACUUCAACAAGCACUUCAACAAGCACUACAACAAGUACUUCCACAAGUACUUCAACAACAACAACAACAACAACAACAACAACUACUACUACUACUACUACUACUACUACUACUACUACUACUACUACUACUACAACAACAACUACAACACAACCAACUACAACAACCACUAAAAUUAUACGGGCUGAAUGCCCAGUCGUCAGUUGCACCUUUAAUGCGGCUCUGCGUACAGAGUUUGAUAACCAAAAAGCUUGGGGAUUGAUUUCAACCGGCUAUGUGACGUUUUUGUGCGACGCCAAAGACAGGAAGUACAUUCACUACAUUAUUCGCGCUACUUAUGCGGAUGCAUAUAUCAACUGCUGCCAAAUGGGCUUGAAACUGGCGUCGGUGGCCAACCUGAUGGACCUAAACUGCGUCAAGGCACAUUUCAAUGAAGAAAUUUCCUGGGUUGCGACCACUAUAACAGGAAGCCUGGCCAACCCGAGGUGGUGCUCCGAGGACUCUGAUUACUUAUUAAAGGACUUCACGGCAGCCAAUCCGACCCUGCCAGGACCCGGCUACGACGCCAUCGCUAUGAGACUCAGCGACGCAACCCUCAUGUACGCGAAGUCAACCGACCUGCUCUGGGCCCUGUGCGUGCUUUGAAAUCUUCAAAAUGAGUAUGCGUAGA